AUUUAUUCACCUCUACCUGUUCUGCAUAUAAAAAUUUGUUUAUUAUCCGGGUUGCGUCGGUGUUAAAAUAAAAACUAGUAUCAGUACGUGCUGAAUACCCGGCUAGUUGCAAUGUCGACCUCCGAUGGGGCCCCGGAAACUAAGAAGCCACGUCCUGAAUGCAGCAGCAACGGCAGCAAGGAUCAAAAUGGAACGGCAGCCGGCGCCGAAGGCGACUCCCGUGAUAAAGUUGCGCUGAUAACAGGCAUAACGGGCCAGGAUGGAUCCUACUUGGCAGAGUUCCUGCUGAAGAAGGAUUACGAGGUGCAUGGCAUUAUCCGGCGGGCCAGCACCUUCAACACCACCCGCAUUGAGCAUCUAUAUGCCGAUCCAAAGGCGCACAAAGGUGGCCGGAUGAAGCUCCACUAUGGCGACAUGACAGACAGCAGCAGUCUGGUGAAGAUCAUCAAUAUGGUGAAGCCUACGGAGAUCUAUAAUUUGGCGGCACAAUCCCAUGUCAAGGUCUCAUUCGAUCUCAGUGAGUACACGGCCGAGGUGGACGCCGUGGGCACGUUGCGCAUUCUGGACGCCAUCCGCACUUGUGGCAUGGAGAAGAACGUAAAGUUCUACCAAGCCUCUACUUCGGAGCUAUAUGGUAAAGUGGUGGAGACGCCUCAGAACGAACAGACGCCCUUCUAUCCCAGGUCGCCAUAUGCCUGCGCCAAGAUGUAUGGCUUUUGGAUCGUCAUCAACUACCGGGAGGCCUAUAACAUGUACGCCUGUAAUGGAAUCCUCUUCAAUCACGAGAGUCCGCGACGUGGCGAGAAUUUUGUGACCAGAAAAAUCACACGUAGCGUGGCUAAAAUUUAUCACAAGCAAAUGGAGUACUUCGAACUGGGUAAUCUGGACUCGAAGCGCGACUGGGGACAUGCCAGCGAUUACGUGGAGGCCAUGUGGAUGAUGUUGCAACGGGACUCUCCUUCCGACUACGUCAUAGCUACGGGUGAAACACACAGUGUGCGCGAGUUCGUGGAAGCCGCGUUCAAGCAUAUCGAUCGAGAGAUCACGUGGAAGGGCAAGGGUGUGGACGAGGUGGGAGUGGAAAGCGGCACGGGUAUUGUGCGCGUCCGCAUAAAUCCAAAGUAUUUUCGGCCGACUGAGGUGGAUCUGCUGCAAGGCGAUGCGUCCAAAGCCAAUCGGGAGCUCAAUUGGACGCCCAAGGUUAGCUUCGUGGAAUUGGUUAGCGACAUGAUGAAAGCUGACAUCGAAUUAAUGAGAAAAAACCCAAUUGCUUAGGGCUCACCAGGCUUCCAGCCCGGACUGGGUUCUUAUAUGGCACAAAGCUCUCUGCCCGCUUGCGGAGCUAUACACUAACCAUAGUCUAAGCGUAAAAAGUGAUCACUGUAGUUGAUUUGUCAAUGUAUUUCUGUAUUCUCGUGGGGAUUUGCAAUCAUUCCUUUUUUCUACUUUGCCGCGUACGUUCACGUUCUGUGUGUGAUUCUACUUGUUUUUAUAUACUUUACCAGAUGUAACGAAUAUUUGGAAUAAACACGUUUUAGUAACAACGUUUUAAUACCUUUAAA